GCGGACAAACGACCACCAUCUGGGUCCUCCUCCAUCGCCUUCUCCGCGCAUGUCAAAGACACGUGCAUCUGCUGCUGAUCGUAGCGAGCGUUGUGUUCGCCUCUCAACCGCUUACUUCUUUGACAAUUACAUUUACCUAAACUUGUGUAAAGGGUCACAUAUCCUUUGAAAAUGGGAGGUCUUCAAAAGAAAAAGUAUGAGAGGGGCUCUGCCACCAACUACAUCACCAGAAACAAAGCUCGCAAGAAGUUACAGCUGAGCCUCCCAGACUUCAGGCGACUGUGCAUCCUUAAAGGCAUCUACCCUCAUGAGCCCAAGCACAAGAAGAAGGUGAACAAGGGAUCUACAGCCCCAAGGACCUUCUACCUGCUCAAAGACAUCCGCUUUCUGCUACAUGAGCCAAUUGUUGGCAAGUUCAGAGAGUACAAGGUUUUUGUACGCAAACUUAAGAAGGCUUAUGGAAAAACAGAAUGGUCUUCUGUGGAGAGACUGAAGGAGAACAAGCCAACCUAUAAAUUGGACCACAUCAUCAAAGAAAGGUACCCCUCCUUCAUUGAUGCUCUCCGUGACAUCGACGAUGCACUCUGCAUGUGCUUCCUCUUCUCCACCUUCGCCCGAACAGGAAAAUGCCACGUUCAGACAAUCCAGCUGUGCAGACGCCUCACUGUGGAGUGGAUGAACUAUGUGAUUGCAUCCCGUGCUCUCAAAAAGGUUUUCAUCUCCAUCAAGGGGAUAUAUUACCAAGCUGAGGUGAUGGGACAGCUCAUUACAUGGCUGGUGCCAUAUCAGUUCUCCCAUGAUCACCCAACAGAUGUUGACUACAGAGUAAUGGCAACAUUCACAGAGUUUUACACCACUCUCCUGGGGUUCAUCAACUUCAGACUCUACCAUUCCCUCAACCUGCUUUACCCACCAAAGCUGGAUGUUAAAGCAGAGUCUGAGCUGAAGGAAGAGAAUGAUGAUGAUGACUAUGCCAUGAAUUCAGAAAGCUACUUAGAGAAACUGUCAGCUCUGAGUGCUAGUCUGGCGCGGGUGGUUUCCACCGCAGAGGAAGAGGAGGCUGAACUCGACCAGUUUCCUGUUGAAGGGGAGGACGUGGCCAAUAUGGAGGCCAGGGAAAAGGAACAGAAACAGGAGGAAGCGCAGAAAAAGCUUUUUGAGGGUCUCAAGUUCUUCCUCAACAGAGAAGUGCCCAGAGAGUCGCUGGCUUUUCUCAUCAGGUGCUUUGGUGGUGAGGUGUCCUGGGACAAGUCUGUUUGCAUUGGCAGCACAUACGAGGUGACGGAUGAGACCAUCACACAUCAAAUUGUUGACAGACCCAACAUCGGCAAACAGUAUAUCAACAGGUACUACAUCCAGCCCCAGUGGGUGUAUGAUUGUGUAAAUGCCAAAAUCAUCCUGCCUGUGGAGGACUACUUCCUUGGAGUGACUCUGCCCCCCCACCUCUCUCCCUUCGUGGAGGAGAAGGACGGAGACUACGUGCCCCCCGAAAAACUAAAGAUCAUGGCCCUACAACGAGGAGAAAAACCUGCCCAUGAACAGGAGGACGAGGAAGAAGAGGAAGAUGAGGAGGAUGAGGAAGAGGAGGAAGAUGACCACGAAGAAGAGGGAGAUGACGAUGAAGAGGCAGAAGAGAAAAAUCUGAAGAAGAUGGAAGAACAAAGAUCCCAGGGCAAGUCUCUGCCAGUCAAAGUGACAGCUGGGAAAGUAAAGGUAGAAAACCCAGCACGCUUGGAGCAGGAGGAGAAAGCCGAGGAGAAACGUCUGGCCAUCAUGAUGAUGAAGAAAAAGGAAAAGUACCUCUACGACAAGAUCAUGUUCGGAAAGAAGAGAAAAGUCCGAGAGGCUAACAAGCUGGCUGCCAAGAGGAAGGCCCAUGAUGAUGCUGAAAAAUCAAAGAAAAAGGCCAGGAAAUAACUCAUCUGAUGAUCUGUUUGUCAGAGUGACUUUAUGUAUUUAAAUUCUUGAGGUAGAGUGUAUUACAGGUUAACGUGUCCUAAAACCUGUAAGUGCAUUGGAGAGCUCUGUGAGUGAGUUGCAUGCACCGUGACGUGGGUGCAUUGACCUCUGCGUAAUUUCACGCUGAAAUGCAGAAUGUUUCAUAUGCUAAUUGUUAUAAUUAAUGUAAAAGUAACUGUUUGCCUUUUGUUUGUAUGAACUAUACAACAUCACACAUGAUAUUUCUUUCACUUCAUUUUAAAAUGCUCUGUUUGUAAAAAAAAAUUUAAAAACAAAGUAUUAAAGUUACAAUUGAA